AAACAAUCGUAAUUUGGACUUGACCUGUUGAUCGAUUUUCACUUCUUAUUUGCCCGAUUAUACAAGAUUUGAGGGUUUUUUUUCCACCAUUACAUUAUCUGUUGCUAAGGAAUCAAUCCUGUUCUUUCACAGAUCUUCCAAGCCUAUCGGCAGGAUGAACCCUGUCCUAAACCUCCUCAUAUUUGCCUUGGGGAUAGCGGCGCCAUCAUUAGCAGUAGAAAUUUCUGGAAACGCUGGUGAAAACGACUGCACCUCCCAGAAGACGUGCGGAAGCUGUUUUACGGCCGCCCAUCACUGUGCCUGGUGUAUGGCUGACGGCUUCGAUGCCCCACCGAAAAAUUAUGAGCGAUGUGAUCAUAUCAAUAAUCUCAAGUCAUACGGCUGUUCUGAAAAACAUAUUGUCUUCCCUGACCACAUCGAAACUGUCGUCACGAAUAAUCCAUUACAAAAUGCUGAGAAGAAUGUGGAUGCCAUCCAGAUUGCACCGCAGGAGAUGCAUGUCCAUAUUAGGCCAAAUCGACCUUUCAAAUUCAACAUGACUUUCCGAGAGGCAGAGAACUACCCAGUCGAUCUCUACUAUCUCAUGGACUUGUCCAACUCCAUGGAAGAUGACAAAGACAAAAUUGCUGCUCUUGGAAACUUGUUAGCCAAAAGUAUGUCAGAGAUCACUGAGAAUUUCCGGCUAGGCUUUGGAUCCUUUGUGGACAAGAAGGUUAUGCCGUAUGUCAGUACAGUACCAAGAAAGCUACAGGAACCAUGUCCUAACUGUGUGCCUCCAUAUGGUUUCCUGAACCACAUGCCCCUCACUGAGAAUACAGCUGAAUUUUCUGAUCAAGUCGAUGCCGCCAAGGUUUCCGGAAAUCUUGACGGCCCUGAGGGAGGGUUUGAUGCUAUUAUGCAGGCUAUCGUCUGUGAUAAACAAAUACGCUGGAGAGCCAAGUCGAGAAAGAUGGUAGUAUUUUCUACCGACUCCGGUUUUCAUUACGCGGGAGACGGAAAGCUCGGCGGUAUUGUGAAACCGAACGACGGCAAAUGUCACCUUGAUUCAACCGGGCUAUACACAGAAAGUACCACACAGGACUACCCCUCAAUCAGCCAGAUCGCUUCCAAGAUCGCUGAGCAUAAAGUCAACGUGAUCUUUGCCGUUACCAAGGACCAGGUGCCGAUAUACGGCCAGUUGAGUUCGUUUAUUGAAGGCUCGACAUCCGGAGAACUUGCUAAUGAUUCUUCAAAUGUUGUGCAGCUUGUGAGAGAUAAUUAUAAUAAAAUCACAUCUAAAGUCAGUAUGCAUACAACAGGUGCUGAAAAUAUUACAGUUCAGUUCAAGUCUAAAUGUUUGGGUGACCAUUGGAUGGAUACAAAUACAUGUGGUGGCUUGAAAAUUGGUUCAAAUAUUACUUUUGAAGUGAGUGUCUCCAUCAGCGAAUGUCCAAAAGACCCUGCCCAGCGGAAGCGACAGUUUGCGAUCUAUCCCGUCGGUCUGACAGAGCGCCUCGUCCUCAACUUAGAGAUGCAAUGUGACUGCGCCUGUGAGAAGGAAGGCGCAGAGAUCCCGAACAGUCCGCUAUGCACCGAUGGCAAUGGCACGUUUGAGUGCGGCCAGUGCACAUGUAACCAGGGGCGCUAUGGGAAGUUCUGCGAGUGUGAUGGAUCUGAUGCAAGCAGUGAGGAUUAUGAUGCGGCAUGCCGACAGACCAAUUCGUCGGACGUGUGUAGCGGCUUUGGACGCUGUGUCUGUGGUGAAUGCGAAUGUAACCAGAGGGGGCAGAUAGCGGGGCAGAAAUACAGCGGAAAAUUCUGCCAGUGUGACGAUUACUCUUGCAGCCGUGCUCCGGAUAAUUCACAGAUCUGUGGUGGCCCAGAAAGAGGCAAGUGUAAAUGUGGCACAUGCAAAUGUAAUGAGGGAUUUGAAGGGCCGUCUUGCGACUGUCCAAAAAGUCGGGAGACAUGUCGAGCGAGCAAUGGUGCCAUCUGUAAUGGUAAAGGAGCGUGUGCUUGUGGCGUGUGCACGUGUACUCUGGACACGUAUUACAGUGGGCCAACUUGUGAGGAUUGCCCGACUUGCCCUGGUAAAUGUGAAGCCAGCAAGGCCUGCGUCCAGUGCCAUGGCUUUAGUACCGGCCCUCUGGACGAGAAGUACUGUAAGGCCAACUGUACCAACAUCGAUAUGGUCCCUGAAGCUAAAGCUACGGAUCAAGCACGUCUUUGCCAGUUCACAGACGACGACGACUGUAUCUUCUACUUCACCUAUGAGUAUGACCAGUACGGGAAUAUACUCAUCAAGGCCCAAAGGACCAAAUUGUGCCCCACAGCAGUCAAUGUUCUUGCCAUUGUUCUUGGCGUGAUUGGAGGUAUUGUCUUAGUUGGCCUCUUCCUCCUGCUCAUCUGGAAGCUCUGGACCACGAUCCACGACAGACGUGAGGUCGCCAAAUUUGAGAAGGAGAGGCAGAAUGCGAAAUGGGACACGGGAGAGAAUCCUAUUUACAAGCAUGCGAUCUCAACGUACAAGAACCCCACGUAUGCUGGGAAGUAGCCGAAACUCUCCGCAUGGAACCAGCAAUGAAGAACACAGUGAUAGAAUGGUCACAGUGAGGGUGAUUCACUAUCCCAGGAAAUAGUUAUGGAAAUUCGCAAGUUUUCUGAAUUUGUUGACAUCUGCAUCAAGGGAGAAGAAUCCCCUUAGAAAAGUAAAGAAAUUUCACACAAUUUAAAUUCUCAUACAUCAGAUAAUUUGGAGGUUAAUACUCAUGUCUUGAGAUUUUUGUACUCAUUGCAUUUUUAAUGUGUAAAUACUUGCACUGUAUAUCUAGUGCACAUAGAAUCUAGUCAGGCGGUUGCACUUUUGGCUUUCAAGGGGCCAUUUAUGAAACAGAUUGGGGGUCAAGGGCCUGUCAACAUUUUGAAUGACUUCUGUAUAAUGUGCAGAUAGGGUUGGCUCAUUGUUUUAACCUUUACACCCCAAUUUCCCUGUUUGGACUCUUCCAGUUAAUGCAUUAGAACAGUGUACUUCAGAUACUGGGGGUGUAAGUACCCUAAGUAUGUAUAUCCAUGGUCACCCUUCAGAGAAGCUAUAAUCCAUGGUCACCCUUCAGAGAAGCUAUAAUCCAUGGUCACCCUUCAGAGAAGCUAUAAUGCAUGGUCACCCUUCAGAGAAGCUAUAAUCCAUGGUCACCCUUCAGAGAAGCUAUAAUCCAUGGUCACCGUUCAGAGAAGCUAUAAUGCAUGGUCACCCUUCAGAGAAGCUAUAAUGCAUGGUCACCCUUCAGAGAAGCUAUAAUGCAUGGUCACCCUUCAGAGAAGCUAUAAUGCAUGGUCACCCUUCAGAGAAGCUAUAAUGCAUGGUCACCCUUCAGAGAAGCUAUAAUGCAUGGUCACCCUUCAGAGAAGCUAUAAUGCAUGGUCACCCUUCAGAGAAGCUAUAAUGCAUGGUCACCCUUCAGAGAAGCUAUAAUGCAUGGUCACCCUUCAGAGAAGCUAUAAUGCAUGGUCACCCUUCAGAGAAGCUAUAAUGCAUGGUCACCCUUCAGAGAAGCUAUAAUGCAUGGUCACCCUUCAGAGAAGCAGAAGGUUGACCAUGGAUAUACAUGUAUUAUAAUACAGUGUCAUUUGUAACUUGAGUUCAAUAUCGUCGCCAAAUCAUUUUCAGUGUCUGCUGAUCAUGUCUUGAGUUUACCAAUGGCGAUAAUGUGAAUGGUUGAGCCAACCCUGAAUGCGGGCAGGCCAAAGCUGAUGAAACAGUUUUCCUGCAUAAAAUGUCAAGGUAUUGCUGUUUUGCUUCUUGCAAACUCCACUGUAUAAACAUGCACCACAUUUUCAUUUCUGCUAUAGUCUUUAUAGACCAUUCAAUGUAGUGGACGUCGUAACAAAAAUUGUGUCAAUUGUAGGUGUUGUCUUUUGUCUCGGGAUCAUGUAGACAUGUACACAUUGAUCAGUAGUCAGUUUGAGUUAAGAAAUUAGUCACUUCGAGUAAAGCACCAUUGCAAUCCUGUUCACCUCCAGCAAACAUGGCUUGUUUGUGGUCGUUGUUGCAGGCAGACAAGACUUGGUGGUCACACUGACCUACAAUCAGUGUCAAACCCUGUCAUCUUGUGAUCAAAGCCUAUGAGAAUUUUAAAUCUGUUGGAGAGAUUUUACUGGAAACGUAGUUAGAGGUAAAAUCUGAAUCCGCUUCCAAGUUUGAAACACAUUGUGAUACAUCAUUUCAACCCCACCGAAAUUAUCGCCAUUUUUCCAAAGGUUUUUUGCUUCACAAAUGCUCUGGAAAAUGGAAAGAUUAUUGGGCCGAAGUCAACUGUGGAUCCUGUGGAAAAUGUACUUAAAUCUGUCAAUGUGCAAGCUGUAAACUUCUGUCUCAAACCAAAGUAUAGAAAUGGCUUAAACUAUGCCCAAUAUACCGGUAUGCAAUAUACAUAUAAUCCAUAUUCUUCCUCCAUGUUUAUUUAUGUUGCAAUCUCAUGUAACCCUUUCAUGACCAAAGGUAUUUUCGAUGAGUAAAAGUUGCAGUAUGUGACCUCAUCUGCACAAAAGCUGGCGCUUGUCCCAUAUGGUGAAAAGGGAAAAAGUUUUAUCAUCCAUAGGGGUUUAAAGUUAUCACAACAACAUUAUUUCCCUAUUGGGAAGUAACUUUUCAGCAUACUCAUUGGCUAUUAAAGGGUUAAACUGUGUGUAUCAGUUCAUGUACAAGUUCAUUUCACCUGCGGUUGGCUAGAACCUGCAGGAGACCAUACAUAUGUUUAACGCGUGGUGAUUGGGCCAACUGUGGUGAAAUAGAACGCCACUAGUGCUUUUAUACUCUGCAAGCAUGUACUAUUUUCUUCCAGUGGAAUAUAUACCACAUUUUGUACAAGUUUUAUAAGAAAACUGCUAAUUUAUAAUUGGAAUGUGACAAGAGCUUAGGAUAGGAUGUAGCAUUGUCACUGAAUGAUAUGAAAUAAUGUGUAGAUUAAAGACUAAGAUGGGUCAAAGAUUGGUUUGUUAGUGUUGUGCGAAAAUUGGUCAAAGUCUAUCAAAGAGAUCCACUUCCACACCAAAUGCACCAAGGAACGAUCGUUAGUCAGUUAAACUUAAUUAUAAUUAUUUGCGGGCGGCCGCGCUAGCACACGUGGUUGCUAUCUGCAUUGUAGUUCUACCCUUUGCCGCUAGUGAUUUUGGUGGCGCUGCUGGUCGCCUUACGCAUACAUUAUCGGCUCGUUUCCCGCUCGCUUCGUUGCCAUGGAGUCUCCGGUCACGGGUUCCUCGAAUCGUUCGUUGAUUGGCUAGUCUCAGUACUGGCGAGCUGCCAUUCUUGCACAUGUUACGAGACAAGACCACAAUUGAUUUUUUAAGCCUUUUAGCAGUUAAAUUGUCAAUGUUUGACCGCGACGCAUCAAAGAACGCGUGGUGUUGUGAAUCUGAAAUUUAGAUUAUGUUAUUCCGGACAGUCGGGCAAGUAAAUGGUGAAAAAUAAAAUGGUGAUUGACCACGGAAAUUUUUUUUUAAUCGACAAAUUAGACAGACUUUGAUAUUUCCACUCUUUUCAGCCAACUGGCAGAAAAAACUCAAAACACGCCCCCUAUUACCCAAUUAGCAAAAUUCGAAAUUAAUUUUUUCAUCAAAUAAUUUCUUUAUAUCUGUAGACUUGCCACAACAAAUAUUUUUUCAAUACCUCUCCAAAUAUGUACUUGAGAGUAAAAAACAUGCACUCGUCUAAUAGAUAGGCCUGGACCCUCCAACCUAUGAAUAUUCAUUAGUGGUCUUGUCUCUUACCGUGGGGUCGGCUCCAACCUAUGAAUAUUCAUUAGUGGUCUUGUCUCUUACUGUGGGGUCGGCCCCAAGAUGGACAAACGAUCGGCAAUGGCUGGAGCUGACUCAAUAUGGCUAAAAUAUGGCUAAAAGUGACAGCCGACAUGGCUAAAAAGUGGGUAGGAGGAAAAAAUUCACAGAGCCUGUGAACUGUCAUCAAGUUUGACCAAUAACUGGACACACAGGAUGACCUGCUUGACCCAUCUCGAACAUUUAGGUGCUGAUAUGAAAAAAAUUAUUACUACAUGUACAUCUGUAUUAUUAUCAUUAUUACUAUUGUUAUUAUUCUCCAUGCAUUAUUGCUGUUGUCUUGAUUACAUGCACUUCUGUACAUAUUAUUUGAGUUUAGAACAAAUAUAAACAUUAUCGUCCAUUCAGUAAUCAUUUUCAAUAGAAGGGCACUGCAUAAUUCGCCAAUCCCUAACUGCAAGAACACCAAAGAAAGUCUGGAAAACCUCAAUAAAGAUCACUUCCAGAAGAUUUUGUACAUGAAUUCGAAUUAUGAUUAGAAUAGGCCGUCAAUAGUCUUAAGACUUCAAUAGCCUUCGUUUAGAAAUUCAGUUAUCUGUCUGUUAAUGCGAAGACCUGCCUAUCAUCAACCUGAUUCCUGAAUGGACCAGAGGUGUUUCUGGCUGACGCACUUUCCCCUCUUGCAGUUGUCAGUAUUAAAAAUAGUUCUUCCAAAAAAAGUAUUGCUGAAAUGAUUUUUGUAAAAUUUCCCCCAAGGUGAGCAAUAUUUAUGCAUGAUCUUUCCAUGUUGUCAUUACGUUGCUACAUGUAUUGGGGACAAAAUCUGUUCAUUAUGUGUCAAAGAGUUGACAGUUUUUUUGUAGUGGGGACAUUAUGAGUAAUAUCUCUUUCUUUGCCUCUGUGCUUUAAAGAAACAAUGCACAAAUGAUUACCUGUCAUAGCAAAACAAGACGCAUGACGCAUAGAAGAUGACCCUUGAGGACACCAUGACACAUUAUGGAAGAAAUCAAUGUACUCGUAUUCCUCAAAAUGUAGACAUCACAGAGAAAUGAACAACCAGUCUGUCUCAACCUGCCAAGCUCGGAGAGACAUGUGCCUUGUUUUGCUGUGACGGGUCACAAACCUAAAUUUGAUAUAAUGUCUUCGUCAGUAACCAUGGUGUCAUGUAUAAUCUUCUUUGAAAGUUUUUAAAUCUAUAGAAAACCUUUGAAAAAAUAAAUAUAUAUAU